UUUUUGUUUUGAUAUCAUUGCAUUGUGAAAUGAUCGCAGUAGUUCAGAAAGUGAUUGGUACUAUUGGGCUACGUCACUUAAACUUGCGGGCGAAGUAGAGUUCGGGCAUUUGUGUAGGCACAAGACAGAAGAAAUGAAGUGAAUUCAAAAAAAAAAAACCAUCGUAUCAGCCAAAAAUGAGUGUUAAAACAUCCAUUAGUUUAUUAUCAGAAUUAUGUGCACAACGAAAAGUUGCAGCCCCACAAUACACUGUCGUUAUUCAUAGUUCCGAUUCCACUCUAUUCAGUUUCGAUGUGAAGGCGUUCAAUUUGAAGGCAACGGGGACUGGACGCACCAAACAAGAGGCAAAGCAUGCUGCCAGUCAAUUGCUCAUCGAUAAAUUGAUGAAACUUGAUGAAUUUAAAGUAAAAGGUGCUGUUCAAUUGCCGUCACCGCCACCGCUACCGCCGCCGUCGUCGCCGCCCACUACCAUUCAAACCGACCACUCAUUGACACCGCAAAAUGAUAAUGCACAUGGAUCAUUGAUAACCGUGUGUCAGCAGCGUAAACUUCAGUCGCCCGUUUUGACAGAGGAGUCAGUGAUUGGAAAAGAUCAUCAGAGGGAGUUCACUUUUUCUUGUCGAGUCGGAACACUGCAUACACAUGGAAAGGCCACCACAAAAAAAGUGGCCAGAAGAAUUGCGGCCAACAAAAUGUUAGAAUUAUUGGGCAUUGUACUCGAAGAGAACUCAACGACAUCCGAUUCGAGCCAAACGGAACUCUCUUCGGUCUACAGUGAUACAAGUACAAGCGUGCCGAAUGCCAUUCCAGUCCUAGACGUUCCGUCCGUUGAGCAAAUUCUGGCGGAUUAUCGGCGUUUAAAAAAACCGUAUCUUCAACCGGUUAAAAAUGGACUACGCUAUAGGAAAAACUUCUUUUCAAAAUUGCCGCCCAGCAAUCAGUCCUAUGCAAAACAUGUGCUAAGUCAUCGUGGUUUUUUUACUUCACGGGAAGUUGUAGAUAAUGCUUGCAUGGCCUUGAAUUUGAAAUAUGAGAUAAAACCAAUGUCUUCGCCACCGAACUUUGAACGCUUUUAUUUGUUAGAAACGGACUACGAUUGUGUUGUCAUUGAUCAUAUUGAUACAUUGUUUGACAAAGUCAUUGAUUACUUAAAAACAAUUCCAUGCAACAUAUCCGCUGACCUUUUCUUUGAAACGAAAAGACCAUUCGAAGAAGAUAUGUCGGAAAAAACUCCAGUUAGUGUUUUACAAGAGCUCUGCGUCCAGGAUAAUGGCUCCGCUCCUAUCUAUGAGAGCAUACCACACGAAACAGAUCCAAAAAUGUUCUCAUUUAUUGUUUCGGCAUUUGGUUUAUAUGCCAAAGGGUCGGGUCGAUCUAAGCGUGAAGCAAAGCACGAUGCCAGUGCACAGCUUAUCAGUGUAUUGGCGCAAAAGGAUCAAUUCAAAAGUCGAUUAUUAAAAGUUCCCCCAACACCACGACCAUCAACUGAUCAGGAUGCAGUGGGCACAUUGCUUGAUAUUUGUGUUCAACGCCAAUGGCCGGUCGCGAAAUUUGACGUUAUGCAAGCAUGUGGGGAGCCUCAUCGUCCUGAAUUCACAGUGGUAUGUCAAUUGGCUCAUAUAAAAUGUACUGGAACAUCGUCUACGAAAAAGGGGGCCAAACAAAUUGCGGCUCAAUCAAUGCUAUCGUUCGUCCAAAAUAUUUCGCAAAAUGAGAAUCAACAACAAAUUGCGACAAUGGACUCAGAACCGUCGGAAAAAACAUUUCGAACAUAUCGUGAAUUAAAAAAAUGUGACAUUAAACCAAUAUCGAUUCGAAUACGUGAUCGACAUAAUAAUUUUAUGCGACUUACCGCGGAAGAUCGUGAAGCAGCAUUUGAAGUGUUGAAUAGCAACGGUGCUGAAAUCGGAAGUAAUAAAGACAAAGUCGAUUUGGUUUGCAAAGCACUGAAAAUACGCUAUGAAAUAAAAGAUAUUCCAGAUCAUCCGGAUAACCAUAAAAUGUUUGUGCUAUUGGACGAUUAUGAUUGUGUUCUGGUCGAAAAAGAGCCUUAUUUAUACGAACGCACCAUCGAGUACUUCAAAAUUAUGCUAAAUUUUACAUCUAUCUGUUAAUUUUUCUUUUUAAUAUCGAUCUGGAAUUAAUAUUAUAUAUACUAUAUAUUGAAUAUUGUUAC